GAUUUGGUACCCGUCUGGCCGGCUGGCUGCGGUCGGGGCUUGGAUUUCCGACCGUAUGACUUCCGGGUAGUAAAGUCAGCCACGGAAGAUCCGGAUUUACAAGACUAGAGACAGUAGAGAGUUUUCAUUAGAACAUUGUGCACUAUGAAUUUAAAACUUCGAUAUCGCAUUAUUCAUUUCUAGGCCUACUCAUAGUUUCAUGAUUGGAAUACCAACUUUUACACGUGAAAAGGUGUCAUUGAUUUGGCACUGGUGGUGCGUGCUCAGAGCCUCAGUGCUAUACGUGUGCAGAUCGACUGUGUACAAGUUACACACUGUACAAAAACAACUAGGCCUAGACCUACAUGUACAGUACACUCACGAGUCGCUGAGGUCUGGUGUAAUUUGAGAGGACGGAACAUCCGAACACGUCACAAUGAGCCGCUUUGUGGACAGCUUUUGGGACACAGACUUCAACAGCACAAACGGCUAUGACGUGCUGCUGAAAAGGAUGAAAGAUGGCCGGGAAAUGUGUAAAGAUUACGAAGAGUUCUUGAAACAGAGGUCCAAAGCAGAGGAAUCGUUUGGUAAAACUCUUCUUAAGAUCUCCAGGACUUCUGGAGGAAAGGAGGAGAUUGGAACUUUGAAGACAGCCUGGAGCGAGGUGAUCACGCAGACCGAGAACUGUGGCCAGUCUCACAUUGACAUCUCAGUUCGGCUAACAGAAGAAGCGAAGAAGGUGGAAGACUUCCGAGAGACACAGAAGGAAAGACGGCGGAAACAUGAAGAGUGCAUCAAGAAGCUUAUCAAUGCCAAGAAAGAUCAGCACAACAAAGUCAUGCAUAGCAAGCGAAGUUAUGACAGUAAAUGCAGGGAGUUGGACAUAGCGGAAGAUACCUACAUGAAAGGACGACUGGUCGCACCACCGAAGGACAUAGAAAAGAUGUCAGCAAAGAAGGAUAGAGCUAAACAAGCAGUCGUACAUUCUGACUCACAGUAUCAGAGAGAUGUAACAACGUUAGAACAGACGCGACAGCAGUGGGAAGAACAGAUGGCACAACUCUGUGUGGUCUUCCAGCAGCUGGAAAUGGAACGAGUUCGCUUCUUACGGAACGCGAUGUGGGUCUUUGCCAACAUUAUAUCCCUACAGUGCUGCAGUGACGAUGUGAAUUCCGAGGACAUGAGGAAAGCCCUAUCAGAUUGUAAUGAGGACAGAGACAUUCAGCUCUUUGUUUCGCAGAAAAACACAGGAAGCAGCAGACCAGCGCCUAUCGUUUACGAGUGCUAUUACAAAGACAACGUCAUUAACAAACCUGGAAUCUCCAACGGUCGAAAUCGGCAGACCCUGCCGCCCAUACCUGGCAAGAUAGAUCAAAGCCGGGCCCUACCAUCACCCCCACCAAUGUCUCCACCUAAAAAUGAUGGGAUUUAUUCUUCAAUGUCCGAGUAUUCGACGGGGGUCAUUGGAGAAUCCAGUGCCAAACAAUCCAACAAGUACAUGGCCAAGUUUGAAUAUGAUGCACAGGGGCCACAGGAACUGACCAUAAAAACAGGGGACAUCCUGACCAUUCUGGACAAGGCCGACCAAACGUGGUGGUAUGCGGACUUCAACGGCAAGCGAGGCCACGUCCCAGCAGACUACCUGGGUCCCUACACAGACACGGGAGAGGAAGGCCACACCACAUUCCUCUGACGUUCCGACACUAGGUCAGAAAAUUUGGGUCAAUAGAAACACACUUGUCUACAAGCCCCACCCACCUUUGGUUUCUACACAUCACCUGACCAACAAGUUGUGAUCUGAUUGGUCACUGUGCUCUGUUUGAUUGACAGGCAGGAAGGGUCAAUUUCAUGGAGCUGCUAUGCACAGAAAUGUGCUAAGCACAAAAGAAAUUUGCUUAGCAGCAACAGGUUACCAGCCAAAGUAUCAUUCAGUGAAUAUUGCUUGUGACUGGUUCACGAUUUCUGCUUAGCAUGCUCCAUGAAAUUAGCCAACAGAGUUAUGCGAUUUGUUUCUCCAUUUUUGGCAGGGGCUGUCAAUGUCUUCCGCGAUUAAUUUUUUGUAUAGACUUUAUAACUAAAAAAUAACUUGGUUCUGAAGACACCAUUCUUAAUUCAUAAACAUGACUGCAAUGCCAGGGUUAUUUAUCCCAAAAGUAAUCUACCGAAUUAUAAAAAAUCCUACUUGAAUUAAAGAUCAGACUGAUACCAAACAACCCUUGAAAUUAAUCCAUCUGGCUUAAAGGGAAUAUACAAUAUUUGCAAACAUCGAAAAAUAAAACUACCAAGUUUUUACGAAAUACCUUACUAGGAUGUUGGUAAAUGACAGUCUAAAGCAUCCUGUAAAAU